AUGGACGACAAAACAAGAUCCAUAAUCUCACUUAUACUCUUCUUGCUUUUGACCAUCCCUGCACGAGCUCAGCGGACAACAACGGAGACUCCAACGACAAAGUUCAUUUUCCGAGGUUUUAACGGGAGCGAAUCGGAUAUUCGUACUCAAGGAGCUGCGAUGAUCAAACCCGACGGACUCUUGAGGCUCACUGACCGAAACCAAAACGUCGUCGGUACAGCUUUCUACAACAAACCGGUUAGAUUGCUAGACACUAAUAAUACAAGUUCCACAAACAACACGGUUCGUUCUUUUAGCACUUCUUUCGUAUUUGUCAUCAUUCCUUCAAGCUCAAGCAACGGAGGUUUUGGCUUCACGUUCGCGCUAUCUCCGACCCCUUAUCGCCCCGGAGCUGAUCCCGAGCAGUUUUUGGGGCUUCUCAACAAAGACAACGAUGGGAAUUCGACGAAUCACGUUUUCGCCGUGGAAUUCGACACCGUACAAGGAUUCAAAGACGGUGCUGAUAGUUCAGGCAAUCACAUCGGUCUGAAUUUCAACAGUCUCAAAUCUGCCUAUCAAGAACCGGUCGUGUAUUACGACAACGAUGGUCCUAAUCGGAAAGAGGAUUUCCGGCUUCAGAGCGGGGAGCCGAUCAGAGCACAUUUGGACUACGAUGGACCAACUCAAACUCUUAACUUCACCGUUUAUCCGGCUAAAUCAAGGUCUCGACCUAUAAGGCCUUUGAUCUCGCAACUACCGGUUCCAAACUUGUCGCAGAUCGUGCAAGAAGAAAUGUAUGUAGGAUUCACAGCGGCGACGGGGAGAGAGUCGAGUGCUCAUUACGUGAUGGGUUGGAGUUUUUCCAGCGGCGGCGAUCGUCCAAUUGCGGAUACGCUAGAACUCUCGGAGCUCCCUCCUGCGCCUCCGAAUAAAGCGAAGAAGGGAGGUUACAAUUCUCAGGUCAUCGCUCUGAUCGUAGCUCUAUCGGGAGUAACAGUGAUCUUGCUUGCGUUACUCUUCUUCUUCUCCAUGUACAAGAAGCGACUGCAACAAGGAGAGAUUCUCGAAGACUGGGAAAUCAAUCAUCCUCACAGACUCAGAUACAAAGAUCUCUUCGCUGCCACUGAUGGAUUCAGUGAGGAUAGGAUUAUCGGAACCGGAGGAUUCGGUACCGUUUUCAGGGGAAACAUCGCAUCGUCUCCGUCUAAUCAAAUCGCAGUGAAGAAGAUAACUCCGAAUAGUAUGCAAGGUGUUCGAGAAUUCAUCGCAGAGAUCGAGAGUUUGGGGAGACUAAGACAUAAGAAUCUGGUCAACCUUCAAGGAUGGUGCAAACACAAGAACGAUCUCUUGUUGAUUUACGAUUAUAUCCCCAACGGGAGCUUGGACUCGCUGCUCUACAGUGUCCCGAGACGAAGCGGCGCCGUUUUGUCUUGGAACGUGCGUUUUCAGAUUGCUAAAGGAAUCGCGUCUGGCUUGUUGUACCUCCACGAAGAAUGGGAACAGAUCGUGAUUCACAGAGACGUGAAACCAAGCAAUGUGUUGAUUGAAUCCGAUAUGAACCCCAGAUUGGGAGAUUUUGGUCUCGCGCGGCUAUACGAACGCGGAUCACAAUCGAACACCACUGUCGUCGUGGGAACAAUUGGGUAUAUGGCGCCGGAAUUAGCCCGCAACGGUAAAUCUUCGUCUGCGUCUGAUGUUUUCGCGUUUGGGGUUUUACUGUUAGAGAUCGUCUCCGGGAGAAGACCAACAGACUCUGGGACCUUCUUCUUGGCCGACUGGGUUAUGGAAUUGCACGCGAGUAAUGAGAUUAUCCGUGCGGUCGACCCGAGACUAGGAUCUGGUUACGACGAAAGGGAAGCAAAGCUAGCUCUUGGCAUGGGAUUGCUUUGUUGCCAUCAAAGACCAGCGUCUCGCCCGUCGAUGAGAAUGGUGCUUAGGUAUAUGAACGGAGAUGAAGAUGUUCCUCAAAUUGAUGACAAUUGGGGAUACUCAGAUUCUUCAUCGAGAAGCGAAAUUGGAUCCAAAUUUGAAGGAUAUGUUUCCUCGGAUAGGGCUUCCGGCUCAGUCGCGUCUUUCUCCGUUACAAGGAUUUCUUCGAGCUCUGUUAUGAGUGGUAGAUAG